AUGUUAAAAAUUAACGUUUUUAGAACGACUCAUUAUAGCAAUGUCAAUGUACUACCAUAUCUUAUCAAAUCCUAUAAAAAUACCCGUUUUUAUUCCAAUAAACCACAACACCAAUCACAGUUAGAAGAAGAACAAAUCACUUCUGAAGAAAGUGAAGAUGAUUUGAUAACAAGGAUUAAAAUUAAACCGGUGGAAAGGGUUAAUGAAAGUAUAGCUAAAAAAAGGGCAAGAUUGAUUUAUCAAUCACGUAAGAGAGGUAUUCUGGAAACAGAUUUGUUGUUAUCUGGGUUUGCUGCCAAAUACUUGAAAACUAUGAAUGAAAAGGAAUUAGAGGAAUAUGACCAAUUUUUGAAUGAAUUAGAUUGGGAUAUAUACUAUUGGGUUACCAAGAAUUACAAGAUUACACCAUUGCCUAAGAAAUGGGAAAAUAGUAGUAUAUUGGCUAAAUUACAAGAUUUUGCUGAAAAUAAGGAAAAAAAAAUGUUAAGGAUGCCUGAAUUGAGCAAGUACAAAUGA